AGACAUCCCGCAUGCUGAGGCCAACAAGUCAAAGGUGAAUGUAUUAUUACUGCGUCGAGGAAGCCUUGGAAACCAGAGAGGUCUGCCCCGGGCAGGAGGCAUGCGUUAACUCCUCCCCUCACUCGGCGAGCUGUUACGUCCCCCCCCCCCACCCCCCCCCCCCCCCCCCCCCCUCCCCUCCCCUCCCCUCCGGAGCAGCAGCAGCAGCACAGGAGCUGCCGUGCCUCGUCGCUCACGGAGGAGAAUCCCGAAAGCCGGAGCUAAUUUAGCUAAAACACCAAUACAGCCAUGGCAAGAAAAACGCCGGCUUGGAAAACCACCGCAUCAAGAGCUUUAAAAACAAAGGUCGCGAUGUCGAGACUAUGAGAAGACAUCGAAAUGAAGUGACGGUUGAGUUGAGAAAGAACAAACGAGACGAACAUCUACUGAAGAAGAGGAAUGUCCCGCAGGAGGAGAGUCUGGAGGACUCUGACGUCGACUCUGACUUCAAAGGACAAAACAUUACGCUUGAUGCCAUCUUACAGAACGCUACCAGUGAUAAUGCACUCAUCCAGCUCAGUGCUGUCCAGGCGGCCAGAAAACUGCUCUCAAGUGACAGAAACCCUCCAAUCGACGACUUGAUAAAGUCUGGCAUCCUGCCCAUUUUAGUCAAAUGCCUGGAAAGGGACGACAACCCCUCUCUUCAGUUUGAAGCGGCCUGGGCUCUGACCAACAUCGCCUCCGGGACGUCGGCACAGACUCAGGCUGUGGUCAAAUCCAAUGCAGUGCCCCUGUUCCUGCGACUGCUACACUCUCCCCACCAGAACGUAUGUGAACAGGCCGUUUGGGCUUUAGGAAAUAUUAUAGGUGAUGGGCCACAGUGCAGGGAUUAUGUCAUCAACCUGGGCGUGGUCAAGCCCCUGCUUUCUUUCAUCAACCCAUCCAUCCCCAUCACCUUCCUCCGCAACGUCACCUGGGUCAUUGUUAACCUCUGCCGCAACAAGGACCCACCACCACCGAUGGAAACUGUGCAAGAGAUUUUGCCCGCCCUCUGUGUGCUAAUAUACCACACCGAUAUAAAUAUCCUAGUCGACACGGUGUGGGCUCUGUCCUAUCUGACGGACGGGGGCAACGAGCAGAUCCAGAUGGUCAUCGAUUCUGGAGUUGUUCCAUUUCUUGUGCCUCUCCUCAGCCAUCAGGAGGUCAAAGUUCAGACGGCAGCUCUGAGGGCGGUGGGUAACAUUGUGACGGGGACAGACGAGCAGACGCAGGUUGUGCUCAACUGUGACGUCCUGUCGCACUUCCCCAACCUGCUGACGCACCCGAAAGAAAAGAUCAACAAGGAAGCAGUCUGGUUCCUCUCCAACAUCACAGCUGGGAACCAGCAGCAGGUCCAAGCUGUGAUAGAUGCUGGACUGAUUCCCAUGAUUAUUCACCAACUGGCCAAGGGUGACUUUGGCACACAGAAGGAGGCGGCGUGGGCCAUCAGCAACCUCACCAUCAGUGGGAGGAAAGAUCAGGUGGAGUUCCUGGUGGAGCAGAACGUCAUCCCCCCCUUCUGCAACCUGCUGUCGGUGAAAGACUCCCAGGUGGUGCAGGUGGUCCUAGACGGCCUGAAGAACAUCCUCAUCAUGGCGGGAGAUGAAGCCAGCACCAUCGCCGAGAUCAUAGAGGAGUGUGGAGGUUUGGAGAAGAUUGAAAACCUGCAGCAGCACGAGAAUGAGGACAUCUACAAACUAGCCUUUGAGAUUAUUGAUCAGUACUUUUCAGGAGAAGAUAUUGAUGAAGACCCCAGCUUGAUCCCUGACUCCACUCAAGGAGGGACCUUCAACUUUGAUCCAGCUUCCAACAUGCAAACGAAGGAGUUUAAUUUCUAAAAGCCAGGAUGUUUGGUGCAACCAGCUGCACGGGUACUCUGUCAUCACCCCCCAGACAUUCAUCCAUCUCUCCUCCAACCUGGCAACCUGGUACCCAAAGAUUUACUUGGCAUCACUUCAACAUGGAAACUCACCACUGAAGGAUUUACCCACCUCACCUCUGCACCGUUUUUUUUUGGUUUUGUUAAUGGUCAUUCUUCACCGUACACUGCAGCCCUGCACAGGAGUCCUGGUCCUUCAACGGGGAACCGUCACCAUCUGGCCAACCUGGCAUCAGGCCGGGUUGUUCUGUCCUCCGCCGGCGCGGCGUCUAAAUAUCACAGAAAUAAAACCAGAAGGAAGAAAAAGCCUUCGUGGCAGGAUUUAUUUGCCAAAAUGUCAAGUUUUCACAAAGACUAAAACACGAGAGCAUUUUCAGACACAAACACACACACACACGUACACACUUUUUGACACUUAGAAUUUGUGUGCAUACUUCUGUUAGGAGCCAUCAUAUCACUUAUGGGGAAGAAAUACUGCUGUUUGUUUGUGGUUUAUUUUUGUGCUUUCCCUCCCCUGGAUUGUCCUCCUGGUGUUACUUCACCCACGCGCACGCACACUGACACACGAGUCCACACGGUGACACACAAGUACACACACAAGUCCACACGGUGACACACAAGUACACACAAGUACACACGGUGACACACAAGUACACACACGUACACACGGUGACACACGGUGACACACGGUGACACACUUUAGUCCCACAGAUUCCCGAUGGCCGGGCACCCCAAUAACCCUCUCACCCAGUUUAAAGAGUUGAUCCCAGAGCUUAGCCGUGAUUAACCACGGAGCCCCGCUGCCCCCCUAGGAGAGUCCUGGGGCGGGAGGGGGGGGGCAAAAAGAGGACUCCGUGGCAAACCGACUGACUCAAUUAUGUCACUUUUUUUUCUUUUUUAAUGUGAUAUCUGCUGAAUUAUCAAACUUAAGGUUUGUUUAAAAAAAAAAAAAAAAAAAAAAAAA